AUAGAUCCAAACAACAACAACAACAACAAACCAACCAAAGAAAAAAUAAAAAAAUGGAGCAAAGAAACCAUGGAGGCCAUGUUGUAGUCCUUCCUUAUCCAAGCCAAGGCCACAUAAACCCUCUUCUCCAAUUUGCCAAACGCCUAGCCUCCAAAGGUGUAAAGGCCACAUUAGCCACAACCCAUUACACAGUCAAAUCCAUCUGUGUCCCAAACAUCGCUGUCGAGCCCAUCUCUGAUGGGUUCGACAAUGGUGGUUUUACCCAAGCCCGUGCCGAAGAUGUCUACCUCAAGUCCUUGAGAGAAAAUGGCUCAAGAACUCUCUCACAACUCAUUGAAAAGCACAAGAAUACUAACUUCCCAAUCAAUUGUGUUGUCUACGACUCGUUUUUUCCUUGGGCUCUUGACGUGGCUAAGACCCAUGGCAUCUAUGGUGCACCAUUUUUCACUAACUCGGCCACGGUGUGCGCGAUAUUUUGUCACGUACACCAUGGCUUGGUUAAGUUGCCGGUGAAGGUGGAGGAAUUGCCGUUGGUGUUGCCGGGGAUACCGCCACUGAACUUGGUGGACUUGCCUAGCUUUGUUCAGGCACCUGAGAGUUACCCUGCUUACUUGGCUAUGAAAUUGAGUCAGUACUCUAAUUUGGAUAAGGCUGAUUGGGUUUUUGGGAACACCUUUGAAGAAUUGGAAGGAGAGGCUGUGAAAAAUGUGUUGGAGCUCUGGCCAGGAAAAAUGAUCGGUCCAAUGGUCCCAUCAGCAUACUUGGACGGCCGAAUUGAGGAGGACAAAGGGUACGGAGCCAGUCUAUGGAAGCCACUUAGCUCCGAUUGCGCCAAAUGGCUAGAAGCAAAGCCAAGCCAAUCCGUCGUCUAUGUGUCCUUUGGAAGCAUGGUCUCAUUAACAGAGGAACAAAUGGAAGAAAUGGCGUGGGGAUUGAAGGGAAGCAAUUUGGACUUCAUUUGGGUGGUGAGAGAGUCUGAAAUUACUAAACUACCCUCCGAGUUCACAAACUCAACAGCGCAAGAGAAAGGUCUUAUAGUAACUUGGUGCAACCAGUUAGAAAUGUUGGCUCACCAAGCCAUUGGGUGCUUUGUCACGCAUUGUGGUUGGAACUCAACACUUGAAGGGCUAAGCCUUGGUGUGCCAAUGGUUGGGGUGCCAAAGUGGACUGACCAAUUGACUGAUGCUAAGUUUAUUGAGGAGAUUUGGGGUGUUGGGUUUAGGGCUAAGGAGGAUGAGAAAGGGGUUGUUAGGAGAGAAGAGCUCAUGGGUUGUUUGAAGGAAGUAAUGGAAGGAGAGAGGAGUGUUGAGAUUAGAAAAAACUGUUGCAAGUGGAAGGAGUUGGCAAAAGAGGCAAUUAGUGAAGGAGGAAGUUCAGACAAGUCCAUUGAUGAAUUUGUGGAGCAAUUGAAGUCUGGUAAUGAAAAAGGAGUGGUAAAAUAUUUGACCAAUGGAAAUGGUCAUUAUUGAGUGAGUGUUUGGAAAGUUGUUAAUUUAGUAGGUUAUUUUAAUUUUUAGUUAUUUUAGUGGGUUAAAAUUUUUAUGUUUAAGAAAAUAGUUAGAUAUUUUUGUAAUUGGAUGUGAUGUUUAUGAGAAAAAAAAAAUGAUUAUGAAU